AUGCUGGCUGGCUUUCCCAGCGCCUCCUCCGCAGCAGGAGUGCUGGAAGGGUGUAAGAAUAAGCUGUACCCGGACGAGCUGCCUCGCACGAGCGUCGUGAUUGUCUUUCACAACGAGGCGUGGAGCACCCUUCUGCGCACCGUGCACAGCGUCAUCGACCGCUCGCCACGCCGUCUGCUGGAGGAGCUGGUGCUGGUGGACGACGCCAGUGAGAGAGAUUUCCUGAAGCGCCCGCUGGAGCAGUACGUCCGCAAGCUGGAGGUGCCGGUACGGGUGGUGCGGAUGGAGCAGCGGUCUGGGCUAAUCCGUGCUCGGUUGAAGGGGGCCUCGCUCUCCACAGGCCAGGUCAUCACCUUCCUGGAUGCCCACUGUGAAUGCACCGUCGGCUGGCUCGAGCCCCUGCUUGCCCGAAUCAAAAUGGACAGGAGGACCGUGGUGUGCCCCAUCAUCGACGUGAUCAGCGACGACACCUUCGAGUACAUGGCCGGGUCCGACAUGACCUACGGCGGCUUCAACUGGAAGCUCAACUUCCGCUGGUACCCCGUCCCGCAGAGGGAGAUGGAUCGUCGGAAAGGAGACCGUACCCUGCCUGUCAGGACGCCCACCAUGGCUGGGGGUCUCUUCUCCAUCGACAGGGACUACUUCCAGGAGAUCGGCACCUACGAUGCGGGCAUGGACAUCUGGGGAGGGGAGAAUCUCGAAAUCUCCUUCAGGAUCUGGCAGUGUGGCGGGACCCUGGAGAUCGUCACGUGCUCCCACGUGGGUCACGUGUUCCGCAAGGCCACCCCCUACACCUUCCCUGGGGGCACGGGCCAAAUCAUCAACAAGAACAACCGUCGGCUGGCCGAGGUGUGGAUGGACGAGUUCAAGAACUUCUUCUACAUCAUCUCACCUGGUGUGACCAAGGUGGACUAUGGUGACAUCUCCACGCGCACGGCACUGCGGCAGAAGCUUCAGUGUAGGCCUUUCUCCUGGUACCUGGAGAACGUGUACCCCGACUCACAGAUCCCCCGACACUACUACUCGCUGGGAGAGAUCCGCAACGUCGAGACCAACCAGUGCCUGGACAACAUGGCCAGGAAGGAAAACGAGAAAGUCGGCAUCUUCAACUGCCACGGAAUGGGCGGCAACCAGGUGUUCUCCUAUACGGCCAAUAAGGAGAUCCGCACGGACGACCUGUGCCUGGAUGUGUCCAAGCUGAGCGGUCCGGUCAUGAUGCUGAAAUGCCAUCACCUGAAGGGCAACCAGCUGUGGGACUAUGACCCCGUGAAGCUGACACUAGUGCACGUCAACAGUAACCAGUGUCUGGACAAAGCGACAGAGGAGGACAGCCAAGUGCCCAGUGUCAAGGACUGCAACGGCAGCCGGUCCCAGCAGUGGCUCCUGAGGAACGUCACACUCCCGGAGAUCUUUUAGGCUGACCCACGGAGGGCGAGCCAGGGAGAGGCGAGGGGGGGGGGAGAGAGCCGGAGAAAGAGAGGGAGGCAGCCAGGCAUGGACUGCUGAACGAGCGCUGGCAGGAGGGGGGUGGGGGGAGGCGCUGCCAGACACAGGACCGGCUGGAGAGGGGGGUGUGUUUUGUUUUUUCUCUUUUUUGACUGGGCUACCUCGGCACAAGACUCGGCCGCCCCGCGCCCC